AUGUCUUCGAGUCUGUCAGCACGGUUGUCUGAGAAGAAAAAAGAGGUUGUAUACCUCCAACAACUUCAAAACACUAGCAAAGCUCUGGUCACAGAGCUUGAAGAACUGGCUAAAAAGUUCAACACGCUGACAGCUGGCACAGAAUCCGUGGCAGAGCUCAUGUCUAAUUGGGCAAAUAUUUUACAUGCUUUGAAAUUGGCUUCAUCCUCAUUGCAGAAAUACGCUGAAAAGGACUAUGACUCGGAAGUUGAUCCUCCUCUUCCUGAAACGCUGGUACGGAUCAGGCUUGACCAGCCUUGA